AUGAUGCGGGAGAUGUAUAUGGACGUGCUGCCGCCGGUGGACCACAUAGCCGCACGGAGCAACUGGUUCCCUUCCGCGGCGCGUCUCUGGACGGCGGAGGAGAACAAGCGGUUCGAGUCUGCGCUCGCCGGGCUCGACCUUGGCCGCCCGGACUGGGAGAAGGUGGCGCGGGCCAUCCCCGGCCGGACGGUCCGCGAGGUCGUCAGCCACUUCAAGAACCUCCAGCUCGACGUCCAGCAGAUCGAGAGCGGCCAGGUGCCCUUGCCGGUCUACGGCGGCGGGGCCAGCUCGUUCACUCUGCAGUGGGACGGCAAUGGCGGCUACGGCCCCGGGGACUUCAGGCACGGGUACCGCUUCGGCGUAGGCUGCGGGAAGCGGCACCACGGCCGCACGCCGGAGCAGGAGAGGAAGAAGGGCGUGCCAUGGACGGAGGAGGAGCACAAGUUGUUUCUCUUAGGCCUGAAGAAAUAUGGCAAGGGGGAUUGGAGGAACAUAUCGCGCAACUUCGUUCAGACGAGGACGCCUACUCAGGUGGCCAGUCAUGCGCAGAAGUACUUCAUCAGGCUCAACUCCGGCGGCAAGGACAAGAGGAGAUCCAGCAUUCAUGACAUUACCACGGUUAACCUGACGGACGAGCAGCCUCCCUCGCCAUCCCAGUCCUCUCUGAUCACCAACCAGUCGAACGGAUCAGUUCCGACUGCGGGGAUAGGCCAGUUCUCAUUGGCAGCCGAUGCCAAGCAACACGGUGCUGGAAAUCUGCCCUUCAAUUCACCAAGCCGGACCUCUGUGAUGGCGACUUACCGGAUGGAUUUGCAAGAUCAAGGUCUGCAGUGUGGCCCUCUACAUGAUCAAUUGGUCGCCAACCAGAGCGUUCUGUUCUAG